AUGGAUGAAAUUCAUACUAAUAAAUCAAAGAAUUUAAUUCAAUUUGAGAGAAUUACAUGGAAACUAAAGUCAGGAAUAGAUGUUUUUUCUGUUUUUGAGGAAAUUUUAUUUAAUAAAAAUAUUAAAGCCAAGUAUUAUGAACCUAUACAAUCACAAAUUAUUGAUUAUACAUUAAAUAGAGAAAAUUAUUAUGAAUUAUUCACUAAAAGUCUUUUAGAUUUAUUAAAAACUUGGAAGGAUCAAGAACAUCGAAGAAAUUUUAAAGUUAUUUUAAAGCUCCCAUGGCAUCCGAAAUCCGAAAACUUGUUAAUAUAUGAACUAUGA